AUGCAUGACCAGAUCGGCGACACAAAAAUGCCGAUGAUGGUUUACGAUGACACGUCCAGUGGAGAUUACGGAACGAUUUUAAGACAACAGGACAAGUUUGAUCCGAGAGCACGCCAAGAUGCCAUUACUAAAUGGUUUAUGUUGGCAAUUCUGUCGAUUCUGACUGCUGUUAAUCAGAGCAUUUGCUAUUCGUACGCACCAAUCGCGAGUAUCGUUGAGAAGCACUGGCAAGACCGACUUCAUUCAACCGAGCUUAUCACUGUCUACUUUAUUUCGUACAUUCCGUGUUCACUUGUGGGCUCUUGGAUAAUGGACAAGAAGGGAUUGCGCUACGGUGUCGUGCUCGGUAGCUUCUUGCAGACGAUCGGUGCCGCAUUGCGCUACUUUGCGUGUGCUUUUGAAUUAAAUGGAGAAAUUUACAUGACCUUAAUCGGACAAAUUUUGGCCUCUUUCGCCAUGCCAUUUAUGGUGAAUUCUCCGGCUGUGCUAUCUGCUAACUGGUUCCCGCCUCAGUUGCGUGCAACAUCGACUAGUGUCGCUGUCAAUGCCAACGCAAUGGGCACAGCAUUUGUUUAUCUUUCUGCUCCCUUUGUGGUGCUCUCUGCGAACGAUAUUUCGUACUGGAAUCUUUCUGUUACAAUCUGUGCAGCUGGAUCUUUCUUGCUUGCCUUCUUCUUUUUUCAGUCCUUCCCGAGAAGUGGUUUGGCGCCUUCUGUCAUAUCGAACGUGCAACUUCGUGAAGAUUACGAUUGGAGUCAGUGGGCUACUUCGUUCACGCAUACUGGCUUUUGGCACACAUUAGUGGCUUUUUCUGUAGCUGAAUGUAUUUUGAAUGCAAUGUGUGCACUUCUGGGAAAAUUCCUAAGUGUUGCCCAUUUUUCCAAAUCACAAAUUGGGGUCGUAGGUGCUGCAUUUAUCCUGAGCUCUUUGGUGGGUGGUCAAGUGAUCAGCCAUUAUGUGGAUAAGAAGAGAAAUCAUCAAACAGCGUUACAAUUGUGUCUACUUCUGACAGCUGUGGCGAUUAGUUCCUUUCGACUUGUUCCAAAGGUCAAUGUUCACGCGACACUUAUAAGUCUGAUGUUUCUUGGGGCAGCUCUUGGUCCCUUGCAGCCGAUUGUCCUCGAAUUGGGAGUCGAGUGUGCAUACCCAACUAGUGAAGCCACUGUCGCUGCACUACAACAACUCUGUGGCAACUUCUUGUCUGCGAUUAUCGUGCCUGGAAUGAGUGCGCUACGUCGAACUCACGUAGACACUACGGGUCACGUGCCUCCCAAGUAUUUUUUUGCGAGUCCAGAGUGGGGCAUGGUUUUCAUGGCUACCGUGACUUUUAUCAUCUUCUGCUUCUUUAACGGCACCUUCAAAAGACGUGCUUAUGAAGAGUCGAAGACUUCUAAUACAGCUAGGAUCGAGAUUUAA